AUGGACUCGUCGUCAUCGCGCUCGGCGGCCUCCGGGGCCGCGCCCACCGUGUCGUCCGGCGCCGUGUUCAUCUCGGCGGCCAUCUUCCUGCUGUUCCUGACGUUCGCCCUCGCGCUCCUCAUCCUCCGCCACACUUACUUCAGCAGCACCAGCGCGGCGCCCAGCGGUCGUCAUCCGGCAUGGGGCGCCCAGAUGGUGGCCCCGCCUCCGAGGGGCGUCGACCCGGAGCUGCUGCGGUCGCUGCCGGUCACGGUACACCGCGCCGCGGACGGCGUCGGAUUGGUGGAGUGCGCGGUUUGCCUGGCCGAGCUCGAGAACGGGGAGGAGGCGAGGUUCCUGCCCCGGUGCGGCCAUGGAUUCCACGCCGGGUGCGUCGACAGGUGGCUGGCGUCCCACACCACCUGCCCGCUCUGCCGAGUCACCGUCGGCAAGCCUGACGCGCUUACAUCGACGACGAGUCUCGCUCCCGUACCGCCGGAGCCGGCGAACUACGCAGCCAACCUACCGGCGAGUGUGCUGCUCGGGGUUUCAGACCAGGCCACGCUUGGCGCGCUCACCAUGGCCACCGACGGAGUGCUGGUGAUCGACGUUCCGGAGCCAAGGAUGGUGGCAGCGAUCUCGCGCGACGCGUCCAAGUCUCCGGGCGUGAACAGGCUGAGGUCGGUGAAGAGGCUGUGGAGCUUCGGGAGGCAAGUGCCGUCGGGGUACACUACGCCCUGCGCCGGCGGCAGUGGAACGGCAGACGUAGAGCAGGGCAUUAGCAUCACCUAUGCAUCCCCGAGAGCUCCGGUCCGGUGUAGCGUUGACACAUGGAGCGGCUAA